CCCGGCGGCCCGUGCGUCGGCGGUGGUUGGGUGGUAAGAUGGCGGCUGUGAGUCUGCGGCUCGGCGACUUGGUGUGGGGGAAACUCGGCCGGUAUCCUCCUUGGCCAGGAAAGAUUGUUAAUCCACCUAAGGACUUGAAGAAACCACGUGGAAAGAAAUGCUUCUUUGUGAAAUUUUUCGGAACAGAAGAUCAUGCCUGGAUCAAAGUGGAGCAGCUAAAGCCGUAUCAUGCUCACAAAGAGGAAAUGAUAAAGAUUAACAAGGGCAAACGAUUCCAGCAAGCUGUGGAUGCCGUGGAAGAGUUCCUCAGGAGAGCUAAAGGGAAAGACCAGACAUCAUCCCACAAUUCUGCUGAUGACAAGAAUCGGCGUAAUUCCAGUGAGGAGAGAAGUAGGCCAAACUCAGGUGAUGAGAAGCGCAAGCUUAGCCUGUCUGAAGGGAAGGUGAAGAAGAACGUGGGAGAAGGAAAGAAGAGGGUGUCUUCAGGCUCUUCAGAGAGAGGCUCCAAAUCCCCUCUGAAAAGAGCCCAAGAGCAGAGUCCCCGGAAGCGGGGUCGGCCCCCAAAGGAUGAGAAGGAUCUCACCAUCCCUGAGUCCAGUACCGUCAAGGGGAUGAUGGCCGGACCGAUGGCGGCAUUUAAAUGGCAGCCGACUGCCAGUGAGCCUGUUAAAGAUGCAGAUCCUCAUUUCCAUCAUUUCCUGCUGAGCCAAACAGAGAAGCCAGCUGUCUGUUACCAGGCAAUCACAAAGAAAUUGAAAAUAUGUGAAGAGGAAACUGGUUCCACCUCCAUCCAGGCAGCUGACAGCACAGCCGUGAAUGGCAGCAUCACACCCACAGACAAAAAGAUAGGAUUUCUGGGCCUUGGCCUCAUGGGAAGUGGCAUCGUCUCCAACUUGCUAAAAAUGGGUCACACGGUCACUGUCUGGAACCGCACAGCAGAGAAAUGUGAUUUGUUCAUCCAGGAGGGGGCCCGCCUAGGAAGAACCCCCGCUGAAGUUGUUUCAACUUGUGACAUCACUUUCGCCUGUGUGUCGGAUCCCAAGGCAGCCAAGGACCUGGUGCUGGGCCCCAGUGGUGUGCUGCAAGGGAUCCGCCCUGGAAAGUGCUACGUGGACAUGUCAACGGUGGAUGCUGACACGGUCACCGAGCUGGCCCAGGUGAUUGUGUCCAGGGGGGGCCGCUUUCUGGAAGCACCAGUCUCAGGGAAUCAGCAGCUGUCUAAUGACGGGAUGUUGGUGAUCUUAGCAGCUGGAGAUAGGGGCUUAUACGAGGACUGCAGCAGCUGCUUCCAGGCAAUGGGGAAGACCUCCUUCUUUCUAGGUGAAGUUGGCAACGCAGCCAAGAUGAUGUUGAUUGUGAACAUGGUCCAAGGGAGCUUCAUGGCCACCAUUGCCGAGGGGCUGACCCUGGCCCAGGUGACGGGCCAGUCCCAGCAGACACUCUUGGACAUCCUCAAUCAGGGACAGUUGGCCAGCAUCUUUCUGGACCAGAAGUGCCAAAAUAUCCUGCAAGGAAACUUUAAGCCUGAUUUCUACCUGAAAUACAUUCAAAAGGAUCUGCGCUUGGCCAUUGCGCUGGGCGAUGCUGUCAACCAUCCGACUCCCAUGGCAGCUGCAGCCAAUGAGGUGUACAAAAGAGCCAAGGCACUGGACCAGUCUGACAACGAUAUGUCUGCCGUGUAUCGAGCCUACAUACACUAAGCCGUUGACACCCCCACCCCCCACCUCUCCAGUCUACCCUCUGACCCCCUCUUCCUCACAUGGGGUCGGGGUCCUGGGACUUAACUCUGGACCAGCCCACCUGUUUCCAUUUCCUUUUAUACAGACUUUGAGACUUGCCAUCAGCACAGCACACAGCAGCACCCUCCCCCUGAGGCCUGGGGAGAGGAGGGAUGUCAGCAGGAUUGGCUUGUGGGAAAGUUCUUGAGCUGGGCACUGGCCCCUGGACUAGGUGGCUGUGUGUUCUCACACACUCACACACACACACAGUACACACAAACACAACACACAGGCUCUCACCCCAGGAUAGAAGCUGCCCAGAAACUGCUGCCUGGCUUUUUUUCUUCCGAGCUUGUCUUAUCUCAAACCCCUUCUAGACAAGGAACUAGAAUCCGCAGUGGGAGUUGGAAGCCUUCCCACAGCUUCCCACAGAGCAAAGAGGCUGUAGUCAUGUCCACGUCCCCUAUUGGAAUCCCUGCAGGGAGAGGCUCUUGGCCAAGAUGAGCCAGUACAGACUCCAGACGGAGGGUCCGGUGGGACUUCCAACCUCAGGUGACCAGCUGAGAAGGAUUUUCAUGUUUAAGCGACCCAUGUGCAACUAACUCUCCAUAACGCCUUUGUGAACUGUAAAGAGACUGGCAAAGUCCCGUGACACGGGGCUCUGGGUUUCCAGGACGAGUGGUGAGCGCCGGCCUGCAGGUGCGCAUGGAGGCCUGGCCCUCGCUGCUCCUCAGCACCACCCUGGGCUGCCCCGGGCCCUUGCAGCUGGGAGUGGGAGCUCAGUCCUCACCAGGCUCUUAGUGUUUGGGUUUGCAUUCCAGCCCUUGGGAGGGGGCUCCUCAGGGCCACCAAUGAGGAUCGAGACGUGGCAGGGGAAGGGCUCCUUCCUGUUUCCGUUAUGCCAUAGACUUCACCCGGUUCUGAGGAGCCCCUCUGACCAUGUCCCCUGAAGGCAGUCCCACCUUCUCUAGCUUGCCCCCGUGUGUGCCCCACCUCUCUGCAUUCUCCCUUCUCCCUUUUCCUCCCAUGGAGACAGUAUUUCUCUCUGUCCCUUCUUUGGCCCAGACUCAGCCUGACCAACGGUGAGCAUUUCUUAGUCUCAGCUCUUGAUACGGGAACGAGUGUCUUCACUCCGGCCAGCAUCAUGGUCUUCGGUGCUUCCCGGGCCCAGGAUCUGUUGGGAGGGAAGAGAACUGGGCCUGACCUACCUGAACUUGACUGACCCUCAGAGGUGGGUCUGGGACAUCCUUGAGGCCCUAGCAUUUCUCCUUGGAUUGGGGACCAGAAGGGGCUUGGAAUGUUGCGUAAGAACAAGGAGAAGUCACCCAAGGGAUGUCAGUUUUUUCUCCCUCUGCAUAGGUUGGAUUUUCCAAAGUCACAGUUUGCAGCAGGCCAGCAUUUAUAGUGGAAUAUAUAAUUAUAUAUAUAAAAAAGGUGGCCACACUGGUGUGGGGGGGGGGGCCUCCCCCCUCACAGCUUUGGCCCCUUUUCACUGCUUAGAACCUAGGUUAGAGGAUCUCAGAAGACUUGGGGGGAGGGCAGGGACGAUGCCUGUUGGGUUUUUAGCACAGUUGUUCAUUUCACUGGGAUUUUGGACUCAUUUCUGUCUGAACACAAAGCCUGGCAGGACACACUGGGGUGGGGGUGGGGAAGAUGCUGUAAUGAAACCGGUUAGUCAAUGUUGUCUUAAUAUUGUUGACAAUUCUGUAAAGUUCCUUUUUAUGACUAUUUCUGUUUAAGCUAUUUCACCUUUGUUUUGAAAUCCUUCCCUUUUAAGGAGAAAAUGUGACACGUGAAAAAGCUUGUAAGAAAGCCCCUCUUCCUUAUUUUCCUUUAAACCUCCUUUAAAUGACAAAUCUUCUAGAUAAUUAAAGUUGUGAAUUUUUAUUUUUGCUUUGUUUUUAAUGAACAUUUGUCUUUCAGAAUAGGAUUGUGUGAUAAUGUUUAAAUGGCAAAAACAAAACAUGAUUUUGUGCAAUUAACAAAGCUACUGCAAGAAAAAUAAAACAUUUCUUGGUAACACA